AUGCAGUUAACGCCAAGUAUCGUAACUGAUGCCCCCAGUUAUUAUGUGAACCAUCUGCAACGCCAGUAUAAUUUAGACAAAGUGGUCAUUUUAAGAGAUUUAGGGUUAGAGAAUGACUCGAUAUCGAUGCCGACGAGUCUGAAACGGCUCGCAUUUCCGACACACAUUAUAGACUUGACAAAUAAUGAGCUAACGAGUAUACCGAAUUUAUCGCCGCGUCAGGAUAUACAUACUUUGCUGCUUGCGCGGAAUAGAAUCUCGUUAGUGGACGGCAGGGCGUUGCCCUGUAAGUUGAGAAAUUUGGUGCUGACGAGCAACAAGAUCGACAGGUUUGAGCUGCUGUCGAGUCUGCGAUUUGCCCCUCGUACACUAAAAGUUUUAUCGUUGCGCGGGAACCCAAUAUGCCAUCUCGAAGAUUAUAGAAUCAACGUAAUAAGAUACCUGCCAUAUUUACAGUCAUUGGAUUUUACAACUGUGACAAAAGAUGAACGGCUCGCCGCCAGGAAGCUAAAAAAGUUGAAUCCAGUAGCAGAGGAGAGCGUCAGCUUGAGUUCCAUUGUGACUACUAGUACGAAUAAGGAUAAAGAGACCGAGUUAAUGGACCUCGUCGUUAGCAAAAUGUCGGAGGAGCAAAGAAAGAACCUGGUGGACCAAUUGAACAAAGCAACAUCUUUGGAAGAGAUUAGCAGAUUGGAAAAAAUCCUUUCGGGAGGUGCAUAA